CUUUUCUGUCACUGAUGACUCAUUUUACAGAGAACACAUUUUGAGUCUCAGCCAUGUGGACACAACAGAGAAACUUCUUCUAUUUGGCCAUCGUCUCAUAUCUGUUUGCAUCUUCAGUGUCUGCAGAUGCUCAGAUAAGAUUAGUUAAUCCUGGGUCAGCUCGUUGCUCCGGAAGAGUUGAAAUCUAUCACAACAACAGAUGGGGAACAGUCUGUGAUGAUGGCUGGGACCUAAAUGAUGCUGAGGUGGUCUGCAGACAGUUACACUGUGGAACUGCCCUGAAUGCCACUAAGUCCGCUCAUUUUGGUGAGGGAAGAGGACAAAUCUGGCUUGAUGGUGUGUCCUGUUCAGGAAGUGAAAGUUCUCUGAGUGUCGACACGGAGGAUUUGGUUCACACGACUGUAGACAUCAUGAAGAUGCUGGUGUCAUCUGUUCACAUUCAAUCAUUCCAAUCCUGAGAUGUGUUUUCCUGCCACUGAUUCUGCUUUUGGAGAACAUUGCCCUUCAUUUCUACUAUAAGGUCAUCAAAAAGCAGAAAUCAGACAAAAAGGAGAACGAUGAGACGGAUGUUUCCAAAGCUGAAGAAGUGGAGGCCGAGGAGGAAGCAGUCCAAGAAAUAGAAUAGAAACAUAGAAACAAACACACAAGUCUAAAUUUUUCUUGGAAUUUAGAUUAAAGUUGUUUAAAUCUUGUUUAAUUAUGUUUAUGUUUUUUAAAUGUCUGACACAUUACUGCAGCAAUUUUUUUAACCUGCCUUUACUGUCCAGUAUAAACUCUUCAUAGCAUGACUGUGACUUAAGUUUGAAAAUAAUCCUUCAUCCUCUCCAGUCCUCACUUUCUUACAUCUUCCUCCAUCUCUGCCAGUGAAGUUUUCACACAUUAAGUUUUUUACUUCUCACUAAACUGUAUCUUUGGCUAACAGACAGAAUGUGUGUCAAUCUGCACAUAAACAUGUUUUUAUGUUUGGUGAUAUUUUUGAAAUUCUUUCAAUUUAUCUGCCACUUACAAAAAAUUCCUGCAAUUAUAGCAUCCUAUUCUGUACAACAAUAUAUUGGCAGAGAAAAAACCAAAAGGCAGUAAAAAGUGUUGUUUGUGCUUUGAAUCAUCAUCACACCUGGAGGAUUUUUCCUGAAGACUACAGAAGAAAUUAGAAGAACACUGGCUAAGAGAGUUCAGGCUUUGUUGAUCAAUAAAGUUGAAUAUUGCACGUUAGAAUUGUACAAACUGCUUUUUCCUCAUAUACUGUGUUUGUAUAAAGAAAACAAUUGUCUUAAGACUUUUGCACAGUAGUGUAAUAAGGAAAAUGAAGC